UUUGGCCCCGCUUGGUGGCGGGAGUUUCCAGCAUGGCGGUGCAGCCGAAACAGAAUCUGUCCAUGGACAGCGCAGCCGAGCACAGCUUUCUUAACUUUAUAUUCUCCAUGCCGGAGAAACCGGACACCACAUUCCGGAUAUUUGACCGUAACGAAUACUACACGGUUCACGGGAAAGACGCCAUAUUCGCAGCGAAGGAGGUUUUCAAGACGAACGGGGUCAUAAAAUAUUUGGGCUCAGGGAGUCGCAAGCUGGAGAGUGUGGUCCUGAGCAAGCUGAACUUUGAGGCUUUCGUAAAAGAUUUGCUGCUGGUGAGGCAGUAUAGAGUGGAGGUGUACAGGAACCACAGCAAGAGCAGCAAGGAGCACGACUGGAAGAUUGAAUACAAGGCCUCUCCAGGAAACUUGACUCAGUUUGAGGAGAUCCUUUUUGGUGGUGGGAGCGGAGCGGAGGGCUGUGCAGGUGUUGUUGCUGUGCGGCUUGCAGCAGGAGCCGAUGGGCAGCGUGUGGUCGGGGUCGGGUACGUGGAUGCAGCCCAGAGGACGAUGGGAGUGUGCGAGUUUCCAGACAACGAGAUAUUCUCCAACUUGGAGUCCCUGCUUGUCCAAAUCAGCCCCAAAGAGUGUCUCCUAGCCCAGGGGGAAGCCAAUGCUGAUGGGAGUAAACUGCGUGAGGUUGUGCAGCGUGGCGGCAUGCUUGUCUCUGACAGGAAGAGAGCUGAGUUCAGCAGCAAGGAUAUGGUCCAGGAUCUCAACAGGCUGCUGAGAGCAAAGAGAGGGGAGACUGUGGCGAGCAACACCCUGCCUGAGUUGGACAAACAGGUGGCCAUGUCAUGCUUGGCUGCUGUGGUGCGUUUCCUCGAACUGCUCUCUGAUGAGUCAAACUUCAACUCCUUCAGCCUGAGCGCUCUGGACCUGGGUCAGUACAUGAGGUUGGACAAUGCUGCUGUCAGGGCUCUUAAUCUCUUCCAGGGCUCACCUGACGACACCAGUGGAGCUCACUCGUUGGCUGGUUUGUUGAACAAGUGCCGCACUCCACAGGGUCAGCGGCUGGUCAACCAGUGGAUCAAACAGCCGCUCAUGGACAAAACCAAAAUAGAGGAGAGGCUUGACCUGGUGGAAAGUUUUGUGUGUGACUCUGAGCUGAGGCAGACCUGCCAGGACGAUUUGCUGAGGCGGUUUCCUGAUCUUCAUCGCCUGGCCAAGAAGUUUCACCGUCACACGGCAACGCUUCAGGACUGCUACCGCGUCUACCAGGCUGUGAGCCAAAUACCGGCUCUAAUCACUGCUCUGGAGAGAUACUCAGGUAGCUAUGAGACUCUGCUAAAUGCAGUGUUCCUCUCGCCUCUCAGAGACCUGCAGACUGACUUCACCAAAUACCAGGAGAUGAUUGAAACCACGCUGGACAUGAACCAGAUUGACCACCAUGAGUUCCUGGUGAAGGCAUCGUUUGAUCCAGUGCUGAGUGAACUGAGAGAAAAGAUGGAUGUGCUGGAAAAGAACAUGCAGGCAGUGCUGAACAGUGCAGCCAGAGAACUAGCUCUGGAGGCUGGUAAAACUGUAAAGCUGGAGUCAAACGCCAUGCUGGGUUUUUACCUGAGAGUCACAUGCAAGGAGGAAAAGAGUCUGAGGAACAACAAGAAAUUCACCACGCUGGAUGUCCAGAAGAACGGCGUGCGCUUUACCAACAGUAAGCUGAGCUCUCUGAACGAGGAGUACACCAAAAGCAGGGAGGAGUAUGAGGAAGCCCAGAACGCCAUCGUCAAAGAGAUCAUCAACAUUGCCUCAGGUUACGUGGAUCCCCUCCAGACGCUGAGUGACGUGAUAGCGCAGCUGGACGCGGUGGCGAGCUUUGCCGUCGCAUCGGUGUCUGCGCCUGUGCCGUUUGUUCGGCCUCGCCUCUUAGACGAUGGCUGCAGGCGCAUGGAGCUGCUGCAGGCCAGACACCCCUGCAUGGAGACAGAUGCAGACACUGCUUUCAUCCCUAAUGACAUCAGCUUUGUCCAGGGAGACAAGAGCUUCUAUAUCAUAACAGGACCAAAUAUGGGUGGCAAGUCCACCUUUAUCCGGCAGGUGGGUGUGAUUGCACUGAUGGCUCAGAUUGGCUGCUUUGUGCCAUGCGAGAAGGCGGAGCUUAGCGUGAUUGACAGCAUCCUGGCCAGAGUGGGAGCAGGAGACAGCCAGGUGAAAGGAGUGUCCACCUUUAUGUCCGAGAUGCUGGAGACAGCCGCCAUUCUGCGUUCGGCCACAGAGAAGUCGCUCAUCAUAAUCGACGAGCUCGGCAGAGGCACGUCCACGUACGACGGCUUCGGUCUGGCCUGGGCCAUCAGCGAACACAUCGCCUCCAAAAUCGGCUGCUUCUGCCUGUUUGCCACUCACUUCCACGAGCUGACGGUGCUGGCAGCUCAGCAGCCCACCGUCCACAACCUGCACGUCACAGCCCUGACAUCGCACAACACGCUCACAAUGCUGUACAGAGUCAGACCAGGUGUGUGUGACCAGAGUUUUGGAAUCCAUGUUGCCGAGUUGGCUUGCUUCCCAUCGUCAGUGCUGGCCGCUGCAAAGGACAAGGCGGAGGAGCUGGAAGAAUUCCAAGAACCUGCAGGACAUGAGCCAGAGAAGGAGGAGGAGCCCGAGGCUAAGAGGCGAAGGACAGACAAGCAGGUCGGGGAAAAUCUGAUCCAGGACUUUCUGCAGCAGGUGAAGUCACUUCCUGUUGCCACCAUGACUGAGGAGGAAGUGAAGGUGGAGCUCAGGAGAAUGAAGCAAGAGCUGAUCGCCAAAAAUAACACCUACAUCAGUGAGAUCCUCACACGCUGCGCUCCUGUAAAAACUGCUUGAUUUUUAGACGCCCGCUGUGCGCGCAGCAAACAUUAAAGCUCAUUGCUGUAGCGAACGACACUAGAGCGCUUGUAUAGUUUUUCAAUAAAGAAUCUUUU